AGGUGGCGCCGUGGGCAGCUGGGCGAGAGGCGGGACUUCGGCGGCGCGGCGGGAGGCGGGGCAGGAAGGCGCGCGCGGCGCAGCAGCCUCGCCCGUCGCGGAGAGUGGGCUCUGCCCGCCGUCCCCCGGGGGCUGCUUCCCGCCCCAGGCCUCCGCGGAGGACACGUGUCAGCACGUUCCCGCGGUUGUCAUUCUAUUGUCAUAGUCCCUCUCCCAGGCCGGGAACUCCUCCCCGCCACCAACCCCCGUCCCAUUAUCCCUGGGCCCAACCUCCCCGCCGACCCGCGGUCCAGGCCUCGGUCUCUCUCCUCGGCAGCGAGCCGCGGCCCAGACCCCGGCAGAGGACCCUUGUCGGCACGUUCUCACCCCAGUCAUCUCAGCCCCCUGCCUAGCUCCACCCCAAGCUUGGGAACCCGGCCCCUGACGGCCCAUUGUCCGCAGGCCCAGCCCCCGCGCUGAACGCACGCUCGUCCUUGCCCCUAACCAGCGCGUCUCCCCCGGCAACGCGGAGUGACCUGGGAUGCAGCCCUCAGGCUGGGCGGCCGCCAGGGAGGCGGCGGGCCGCGACAUGCUGGCCGCCGACCUCCGGUGCAGCCUCUUCGCCUCGGCCCUGCAGAGCUACAAGCGCGACUCGGUGCUGCGGCCCUUCCCCGCGUCCUACGCCCGCGGCGACUGUAAGGACUUUGAAGCCCUGCUUGCAGAUGCCAGCAAGUUACCUAACCUGAAAGAACUUCUCCAGUCCUCCCGAGACAACCACAAACGGACCUGGGACCUGGUGAGCUGGAUUUUAUCCUCAAAGGUCCUGACAAUCCACAGUGCAGGGAAGGCUGAGUUUGAAAAGAUCCAAAAGCUGACUGGGGCUCCUCACACGCCUGUUCCCGCACCGGACUUCCUGUUUGAAAUUGAGUACUUUGACCCAGCCAACGCCAAAUUUUAUGAGACCAAAGGAGAACGAGACCUAAUCUAUGCCUUUCAUGGUAGCCGCCUAGAAAACUUCCAUUCCAUUAUCCACAAUGGCCUGCACUGCCAUCUGAACAAGACAUCCUUGUUCGGAGAGGGGACCUACCUCACCAGUGACUUGAGCCUGGCCCUCAUAUACAGCCCUCAUGGCCACGGGUGGCAGCACAGCCUCCUCGGCCCCAUCCUUAGCUGUGUGGCCGUGUGUGAGGUCAUUGACCAUCCAGACGUCAAGUGCCAAACCAAGAAGAAGGAUUCCAAGGAGAUAGAUCGCAGACGAGCGAGAAUCAAACAUAGUGAAGGGGGAGACAUCCCUCCCAAGUACUUCGUGGUCACCAAUAACCAGCUCCUGCGAGUGAAGUACCUCCUGGUGUAUUCACAGAAGCCACCCAAGAGCAGGGCUUCGAGCCAGCUCUCCUGGUUUUCCAGCCAUUGGUUUACCAUCAUGAUAUCCCUGUAUCUGCUGCUGCUGCUCAUAGUGAGUGUCAUCAACUCCUCUGCUUUCCAACACUUUUGGAAUCGUGCGAAAAGAUAAUCUUUCUGGGCCUGGUGUGGGGGCUACCUCAACUGUGUGCCUUAUGGUCACUUGUUCUGUACCUCCUAUGCCUCAUGUCCAGCCGGACUGAGCCGAGGGGCCAGUUGGGGGACCACAGGACAAUUUUCGUAUGCCCUAAAUGUAUUGAUUGCCUUUGAUGAUGUUCCCAGCCACACUCCAGUCAACGGGGACUACUAGUCCCUCACUCUUAGGUUUUAGGGGAGCCCUUCCAUCUGCUCCUUCUUAAACUGUCCUAGGGAGUUGGCUUUUCAGCCAGGGCCAAAGGAAAAAGCCCUGCUACAUUUAAAAACAAAGUGUCCAAGCUGUCAGUGGUGUGUUUACAAUCUCUCCUGGCGGAGGUUGGCCCUUUCUCUAAUGCUUUCUGGAAGGCGGAAAAUGUGGGAACUAUAAAUCACUAGGCAGUUGCCUUGUUUUGACUUGAGACACCCAAGAGGAACAGUCAUGUUUCUCAUAAAAAUCAGUGGGAUCAUUUUUGAAUUCCAUCAGCCUUUGUAUGUGAGUGCAAAACAUUUUAACAGUUUUCUCAAAUCAACAAACAGCCUUCUCCUACAGCUGUACCUGCCCCCCUCCCCAAAAAACCAUGGAUGAGAAAGAAAGGAGUCAGGGGCCUGAUAAAAAAUACAGACUUAAUCAGCAACUCAAGUCAUCUUUUUCUAAAAAUUACCAACUGCUGAUUACAGCUGAAAUGGAACCAAAUGUUUGUUUUCUAAUUUUUUUUUUAAUAGCUGUUUAACAAAUUAGUCUUUGUGAGCUGAGUAAAAGGGGAAAUUUUUUUUUUUUUUGGAGACAGAGUCUUGCCCUGUCGCCCAGGCUGGAGUGCAGUGGCGCGAUCUCGGCUCACUGCAAGCUCCGCCUCCCGGGUUCACGCCAUUCUCCUGCCUCAGCCUCUCCCAGUAGCUGGGACUACAGGCGCCCGCCACCACGCCCAACUAAUUUUUUUGUAUUUUUAGUAGAGACAGGGUUUCACCGUGGUCUCGAUCUCCUGACCUCGUGAUCCGCCCGCCUUGGCCUCCCAAAGUGCUGGGAUUACAAGCGUGAGCCACCGCGCCCGGCCUAAAAGGGGAAAUUUCUAAACCUAGUGCACUGUUUGGCCAGUGUCCACAGCCUCUUUCCUGGCUGUGUUUUAGAGAAAGGGAUUUGAGCUAUAGGCUCGCCUCCUGUUCUCAUUCUCACAAAGCUGCCUUGACUGUGGCCUGCAACCAUGAGUGCCAUGCUUUCAGGCCUUCUGUGGCCUACUGGCCUUCAAGACAGAGGCCUGCCCCAGUGUGCCACAGAUCCAUGUGGAUGGAGCCUCCUUCAGAGGGGACACAGGUCUUUGGGACUCAGCCUGGGCUGUAAUGUGUAGGAAAAGCCUUCUGGCCACCCAGAGAGCCGGAGCCCACCUUGCUGUAUUCUCUGCUCCCUUCUUCCUGCUGGGUUGUAGCCAUAAUAGAGCCCUGUACGAUUUGGGAGUGAGAUUUCUAUAAAGAAGAGGAAAAAUCAUUUUUCUAUAAUUUGUAAAGUUGUGAAAGAGCCACUACCACAGUUUUUACAUUGAUUAUUGGAACAUUUCAGAAUAAAUAAAGAUAUUUUCUUAAUGA